UCUAGUCAAUCAUUGCAUCGACUGACUAUUAUCUGAUUUCCUGUUCAAAUUUCUAGUUUCAAACUUCUCAUCACCAUGAUCACGUUACACUUCCAACUGAUAUUCCGUCUUCUUUUCAGCGGCGUCAUUCGGUAUUUUCCAGUCGAGUCAACUAUUACGGACUGUACUUGUUUUGGGAAGCGUCCAUGAUCCAGCUAGCUGCGGAAGGGUACACUCACACAGUCACAGCGCAAAGCCUGCCAAAGGACAAGGAGGUGUUCAGUUUUGGCCCUUCCACCCACUCACACAGGAGUCAUGCUGGGUGUAGAUCGUCCAGAGAGCCGGUCAUCAUUGGAUGAGCCAAUGCUUGAUGUCACAGAUCCUGCCGGUGCUUCGAGUAUCAGCUCUGCCAUAAUCGCGGCUAGUGAUGGCAGUGAGAAGGCCCGGGGGACAGGGCGACCUGGCCUAAAUAGAGUGCUGUUAAUUGUGCUAAUAGUGAUGUCAUUGAUAUCCAUUGGUUUAGCAGUAGGCUUGGGGAUAGUUGCUACUAAAUAUGUGAAGAAUGCUAGUGGGACGGGGACAGGGCAGCAGCAGCAAGCCACCAUUCCGGAUAGCUGGUUGCGCAUGUUUGCGCUGAGCGAUGUCCACCUCAACAUUCUCUACUCCGACACUGCAUCGGCGUUCGGAUACCCACCGUGCCAGAACAAGUCGACCGGACAGAAGUUUGCCAACAGGGCGCCAUUCGGCCGCGUGGGCUGUGACUCGCCGCAGGUGCUGUUCGAAUCGACGCUGUCCUCAAUGGUGGAGGUGGACCGUGCGACAAGAGCCGACGUUAUCCUAGUGACCGGGGACAAGAGUGGACAUCAUCUCUAUACAUCAGCUGAUGGGGCCAAUCAACAUGGCACCGUUGUGCUAAAAGCACAGGCGCAAUUCACGCAAACCCUAGGCCGCUAUUUCCCCGGUCGUCGACACAUUUUAACAAUGGGUAACAACGAUGUUCCCUACCAUUGGCAAGUGCCGACUAUGUCUUGGUAUGAAAGCCUGUGGCAAUAUUGGGCCCCGCUUAUCCUUUGCCCCGACUGUGCACAAGGUCGUUUCAGCACCCGUGUGAACGAGGCAGAGUUCAAUACCACGUUCUUACGUGGUGGCUACUAUAAGGUUCAGGUGUCUGACGGCCUCGUGCUCCUCAUCGUCAACUCUCUCUACUGGUCUGCUUACGCGUGGAGUCAGACAGUUCCAUUCCGCGACGAGAUCCCCGUGAUUGCCAAUGAGCAGAUGCAGUGGCUGGAGACCUCACUGAAGCAGGCUGAGUCUAGAGGCAUGAAAGCUGUCAUUGUGGGUCAUGUGCCACCUGGACUAGAUCCGUACAGACCUCACUUGAACAGAGUUGGGUACGUUCAGCAGUUCUGGUUCGACAACUACACGCAGAUCUUUUUGCAGACCGUCGCAGAAACAUUCCAAGACACAGUUGCCUGUAAUAUUUUCGCACAUCUACACAAGGAUGAUUUUCACGUGCAUUCGUACAACUCUGACAAUUCCACGCGCACCGCCACUCUGCUCCUUUCGUCCAUCUCGCCGGUGUAUGAGAACAACCCAGCUUACCGAAUGCUCUACUUCCACCCACAGGACUGGUACCUAGCAGACUAUACGCAGUACUGGACUGACCUCGUACAGGCCAACACGAGGCAAGUCAGUGCCCUGUGGCAGAAACAAUACACGUUCUCCGAGGCGUACCCUGGAGUGCAGCGGAUCGACUCCGCUCGUUUGCAGGCUCUCUGGAGUCAGAUCAUGAGCACCGACGACUCAUCUGUGUGGCUCAGGUUCAUGCAGCAUCGACAGACCAAUGCAGCCAAUACACUCAACUCCUAUUCUCGCGAUCACCUAUACUGCAUUGCCUACACGGCUAACCUCACAGCGUACGCCAGCUGCCGUCAGCAGCAUCCCUACGAGCCCAAGAGCUAGACCCUUGUCAGAUGCCUACUCUUCCGUACGUUGCUCUGAGCUCGUCUUCACUCGUAUUCGCCUGCUGCCUGUAUUACCCUGCAUCUCCGCUGCACUUCACUUCCGUGCAAUGGCUUUCACAGCCCGUUGCUGCUCUUGCCAGUCCAAGCAUACUAUUGAACGUGGACGUAUCUGCACAGGGGACAGGAUGACCUCAUCAGGCAUGGUAUGGGGCGUAGACAGGUAAAGGGAGCGGAUGUCCUCAUCAUUGAGUCAUCGGGUAUGGUGCUAGUGAAAUGGAAGGGUCAGAUUCAGCGCAGAGCAGCAGUCUUGCCGGCAGUGCUGGAUUGUCCAGCAUGUGUGUAAGGUGCGUCCCAGAUGGCUGGAAGUGUUGGGUGCUUUCAGACAGUUCUCUCCCACUAAAGCAGUGGCCGCGGGUACAUGGCACUACUGUUUGGAUCAUGAGUGGUCGUCACUGCAAUGUGAACUUGUGCUUGAUCAUGUGACACUCCUGGUCUGGAAGCUCCUGUGGCCUGGUGUACGGCCCUCUCUUUGGCUUGGUUCAUGUUCAGAAGCUGCGCUGUCGCCAUUUUCUGGUAAAACCUGGCGUAAAAUACUCUUCGUAUUUGUUCACAACGUUUUCAGUCUGAUUUUAUAUGCAUGUAGUGGAUUGGUUCACAUUCACCUCACUUAGGUCUUGAAGCUGCACUUUGGCUGUGUCAUGGAGAAAUCUCCCUUGGAUACUCCUACUGGGCUAGGACAGAGCUCUUCUCUGAGAAUUUUCUUUUCUGUAUUAUUGAUUAGAUAUUUUUUUUAUUGACAAUGACCCUCAGGUCUGUUUUUGCUUUAGAUGGCCCAUUAGAUAUUUUUCAUUGACAACUUCUUCUUUUUAAAUCAAAGUUCAGCUCCUAGGUCCUUUCGGAAUCUAUUCUUAGAUUACUUUCUAGCUUGUGUGGUACUAUUUGUAGACUGAUGCGUGAACUUACUUGUAAAGCUGUUCAUGUGUUGCAUUACUUUGGGCUUGCUGUUCAUCUUCAAAGUGCAUGAUUUGUAAUGUUCACACGCUACUUCUUUCUCAAGAUGAGUCUGAACGCUUCUUGCAGUUUCGUGUCUACAGCUUAUAAUUAUGGUUUGGACCGCAACUACCGCAACUCAAAUGUCUCUCCCAUUCACUGAUACGUGUAUUCUUGUUUUUAUCAAGGUCUGCUCAGUUCUUGGGUUCACCCAUGCAGGGUCUGUGUAUCCCA